ACACCAACACUAUCAUCAUCCAAACAGAUCCAUAGAAGCACGAUACCCUAACUAGCAUACCAGUUAUGAAUUUUAUAGUAAUCAUAACACUACUAUCCUUACUAUCCUAUUCCUCAUCUUUCAGUUUCAAUGUCACCUCAAAAAAACAGUGCGAUACAUUCGAACUAAACUGGAGUGGUGCAAAGCAAGGCUCUGUUAGUUUUGUAGCCAUUCCUAAUGGCAACCCCCCAGACGAAAGUAAACCCGAUCGCGUUCUUGUGGCCCAAGAUAUAGGUGACGAUGUGUCGGGCACUUACAAGUUCGACAGGUGGCCAAUGGCAGAGGGCGUGAACUUUACAGUGACAAUGAGCGACGGUACAGGCUUCGGCGCUGGUGGUACAAGUGAUAUUCUCGUAACUGAACUAGGAGAUGCACCUUACUACUGUGGUUAUUCUGGUAAUCUCGCGUUCAGCUUUUACGCAGAACCUGAAAAGAACUGGGACAGCUGUCAGACUAUUUCUCUUCAUCCGAUAAACAAGACAACCGACAGUGCAUUCGAUUAUUAUGCGAUCAGUCCAAAUUCCAAACCAGAACAUAUAGAGCGCGUGACUGACAAUUCUGCAAUCGUCGAUUACAAGUUUACCCAACCUGUUGGUUCACAGGUCAUCAUUUUCGCAACUAGUGAAGAGGGCGGUGUACAAUACAGCUCCGGCGGAAGCUCGCAGAUCACGACCUUAGGAAAAGGUGAUGAUACAAGUUGCGUUAAGGAUCUCGAGCCAAGUCCGACAGACCGUGCUGCACCAACUAAUACAGGCGGAAGCGGGAGUGGUGAUCUCAGCGGUGGAGAAAAAGCAGGUGCUGCUGUGGGAAGCAUCCUUGGUGCUGCAGCACUCAUAGGUGCCAUAGUAGCAUUUAUUAUUUUCCGCAGGAAAAAGUCAGCUGAAAACCAUGAACACGCUCAGAAGGUAAAGAAUGACCAUGGAUACAAUAGUGAAUUCGAUGAAGGUCUUGAUGGUAGUUAUACGCCUUACGUUAUGAAUCCAGGCAGCCACUACACCUCGAGUCACCACCAGCUCCCAACUGAAACCCAAGGUCUUACUGAGACGGAUGUCAACCGUAAUAGCUAUAGUAACGCUACUAUCCCAGCAUCGCCAAGCACGGGUGGACUUCUUCUAGGCAGCAACCCUAAGCGUCGUUCCGGACAUCAGCAGCAAGAAUCGACAAUCAGCAAGGAACCGCGGUAUCACACUGACGCUGGUCCGUAUGUCGUUCACAAUGACAAUGAUGAUGAUGCCCUCGUUGAUGUACCACCAGCUUACAAUUUCGAUGGGCCUAACAACCAUGAACAUAGGACAUGAGGACACUUUAUAUUUCUCUAGGAUUGUUUCAUUUUCUCUUUUUAGAUUAUAUAAUUGGAAAAAUAACUUUAUUCUUUUUUAAUACAUUAUUCGUUGACGAUGAUG